ACGUGAGACACAAGUCAUGCCUAGUCAAAAAUUUCACAUGAAGAUAUGGCUGGUGGCACCUCUUGUCGUGUCUGUCAUAAUUGGGCUAGUACAGACAGAACAUGCGAGGGAAUCAAGAGCUACUGACAGAGAGGCUAUGUUGGAUGUCAACCCACCUGCUGUCAUUGAUGAUGUAUCACCAACAGUCGAGAGUCUGAUCAGUGGAUCAACUGGCUACAAAAAAUUUCUCCAUGGAGGAGACCGUGUGUGGCAGUCGGCAAGUAACAUUAAAGGCGGUAAACAGCAAUCAAGAGUAAGCGCCAAUGUUGGAGAUCUUGUUGACGGACUGUCAACAGCAGUCAGUGGUGUAGUAACGACAGUUACAGACAACAUAGGCUUGCAACUCAGAGGAAGUGGACUGAUGAAAUCAAAUCGAAAUUCCAACCAUGGCAAGAGGAAUUCAAGGGUGAACGUCAUUGCAGGAGAUCUUGGUGAUGGGCUACCAAAAGCAGUCGGCGAUUUAGUGACUAGUGCUACAGACAGUAUAGACUUGCAAGUCAGAGGAACUGGACUGAUGAAGUCACCUCUAAACUCCAAUUAUGUCAAGAGAGAAACAAGGGUGAACGCCAAUUUGGAAGAUCUUGUUAAUGGGCUAUCAACAGCAGUCGGUACUGUAAUAACUACUGUUACAGACAACAGAGACUUACAACUCAGAGGGAGUGGACUGAUGAAAUCAGAUCAAAAUACCAACCGUGGCAAGAGGGAAACAAGGGUGAACGCCAAUGUGGCAGAUAUUGUAGAUGGGCUAGCAACAGCAGUCGUCAGUGUAGUAACUACUGCCACAGACACUAUAAACUUGCAGUUCAGAGGAUCUGGAUCGAUGACCUCAACUCGAAACUCCAGUCAUGGUUAGAGGGAAACAAGGGGAACGACAGUGCGGGAGACCUUGUUGAUGGGCUGUCAACAGCAGCCAGUGGCAUUUUAACGAAGGUUGCAGACCACAUUAUUUUGCGCCAUAGAGGUAAAUGGAUGACGCAUUCAGGUCUUAAGGAUGGGCUGAAGGAGUUUAUGUACAUAAAAUAGUGAUUAAGUUAUCAACACUGAUUGUUUAUGCAUUAAAUUCGCUUUGUUUACCUCAGAUUUAAUAAAUACGAAAUGGUGUAAAUAAUUACAAAGAUCUGAUCUUAUUGUCCUCAUUUUUGUUACUA